CUGACGUCAUGAGCGUCCUGCUGCCUAACAUGGCGGAUUUCGACACCAUCUAUGAACUGGACGAAGAGGAUGAGAGGGUGGUCAGCGAGGAGCAGUUCGUGAGAUUCUGUCCGGAGCCGGUUAUCAUGCGGGGAGCCGGACACAUCACGGUAUUUGGUCUGAGCAACAAAUUUGAGACAGAAUGUCCUUCAGUUCUCACUGGAAAGGUUGCUUCAGAAGAAUUCAAGUCGAGUAUCGGCCUUGUCAAUGCCUGCUUGAAGAAGAAUCUCCCUGUAAAUGUGAAAUGGUUGCUCUGUGGCUGCCUUUGUUGCUGUUGCACACUGGGCUGCAGUCUGUGGCCUGUUAUUUGUCUUAACAAAAGAACAAGAAGAUCAAUUCAGAAGUUGUUAGAAUGGGAAAAUAACAGAUUGUACCAUAAGACCUCAGGAGCCGCUGUAGGCAGACUUGGGUGUGGUCAGGAUGGGAAACCUCCAAGAAACACUCAGCUUGGGCUGCACUGGAAGUUAAGUAAAAGGAAAUGUGAAAGCAGUAACAUGAUGGAAUAUGUAAUUCUUAUAGAAUUCUUGCCCAAAUAUCCUGUAUUUCGACCUGACUGAAGAAAUGUACGAGACCUCCUGCUAUGAUCUUUCAUUCCUACCUUAGUGCCUUGUAGAUAGGUUGGACAGAUGACUGUCUACGCUGCUCUGUUGUUAUAACUUUCCUUAGUACUUUGUACAGUAGAAUCGCAACACCAUUGCUUUCCUUUAGAGCAAACUUUGCACUUUCAUUUCUUUACUUUAAGCGAUGCUCCUUUGUUGCACUCAGAACCUUGUUGUGAACCACACACAAGGUAAUUGCCAUAGAGGACCUUAAUAUUGAUGCUGUCUAAAAUGUGCAAAGAAAGAGGCGCCACAAGCAUGUACACGUGUGCAGCAGAUCGGUUAUGAAAUGGCUAACUUCAGACUUGGCCUAUUGCAGCAGAGUUACCAAGUUUACAGAAAGAAAGACUUCACUUAAUUCACCACCCUUGCAGCCUGUAUGCCUUGUAUACCAAUCACUACCUUUAUAUUAUAAAAUAUAUUUAAAAAGUAUUUAAAAGUCACAGCUUUGAUCUGGGUGAUCAUUAAGAAAAAGUGACACCCCUUGCAUUAAACAUACUUAUUUGGGAGCAUAUUUAAGACAGCAUCAUUUCUUUUGCACUUUGGAAAUUACUUUUUGCUGGAAAGCUAAGAAACAAGCAUGUAAAUAGUGCUUCAGUACAGAAUGUACAGUGUGGUAUGCCAUUGUUUACAGAAUGUAAUAUAGCUCUUAUAUUGUAUUGCCAAGAAUGUAAUGUAGAUUUGUUAUGAAUGAGAUUUCUAAGCACUUUCCAGUUUGUAUAGACCUGUUUAACCUAGUAAGCCAUAUUGAUUAUGUACAUAAUGCCAGAUUAAGGACUGCAUAUUGCACUUCAGCAAGCUGAGAAGGAAUCUGGAACGUAACUCUGGGUUCAUUUAAAGAGGUAGUGACUAAUGUCUUCACUCUCAUUAGUGUAACCGCGUUCUCAGUCCCUUAUUGUUUUAGUGUUUGGUGUUGAUAUGUGUGUGUCUUAAAUGAUUCCCCUGUUUUUACUGAACACAACACUCAGUUCACCUCCUGUAGGUAGCAGGACCCCACCUGUGCCUUGCACUUGUGUUACAAGCUGUGACAAUUAAUUGGGACACUAUUACCUGUAACACAGCGAGUGAGUGGUUGUUAUGCUCAGUUAAAUUUCCUUUUUUUAUAUAUAUAUAU